AGCGUCACGCGCCGAGCUCUCUCUCUCUUUGGCGCACGCGCUCACCCUCGGGCCGGCUGGUCCUCACUUUUGGGCUUGCAGAAGCUGCAGAAACUCGCGUGCAAACCGACUUUGCCGCGGGGAGCAACUCCCCUUCUUCCUCUCCAGCGGCGAAAGCAUCCGAAAGCGAAAGAGCCACUCCCCCGGCGCAAACUCGAGCCAGCCCCUUCCUUUGUUCCGCGGCCCCCAUCGCUUUCCUGCCCUUGGAGGCAGGGGCCUUCUCCUCCCCGGCGACAUGGCCCACCGGACCCUGCUGAGUAUCCUGGAGGACCUGACGGACGAGGACCUGCGCGUGUUUGUGUUCUUGCUGCCGGAAGUCCCCAACCAAACCUGCCGCAUCCCGCGCGGGAAACUGGACAACGUGUCCCGGGUGCAGGUGGCCGACCUGCUCCUGCAGUAUUGCCCGGCGAUCGAGCUGGAGGUGGUGGCCCGAGUGCUCCACGACCUCCCCAGGAGGGACCUGCUGAAGAAAUACAACCUUCGGGCGCCCGCGGAGACUCCCCGGAUGGAAGCGGCCGCUGCAGCAGUGUCAGGUUUGCAAGAACAGCAGCUCCUUAUCAGUGAAAGGACCACAGAGGCAAAUGCUUGGACAAACAACUUGCCUGAGACUGCCUCAGUAUCGAGGCCAGUCUCGGAGAAGGACCUGAUGAAACUGGCUAAAAAUCUGGGCAAGAAUUGGAGAGCCAUUGGUAUUGAGUACUUGGGGGUGGGAUUGCCACGUCUGGAGCAGAUUGAAGAGGAAAAUCCCGGCAAUGCGGUCAUGCGCAAUUUCUACAUGCUUAAAGUUUGGAAGAACUGUGAGGGGGCGAGAGCCACUCCUGACAGGCUGUAUCACAUCCUUGCCCAGGAAGAGGUACCUCUAGACCAAGAUGCCAUUGAGUUUCUGAGGACUUCAUGAAGCCCAAACAAUAACCUUGCAGGGUAUGGAUUUUCCCAGGACAUUGCACACACUCUCACCUCAUAUGUAUACUUUUCAGGAAUGAAUGAAAGCAAGCAGUCUAGGCCAUUUUUUAAAAAAUUGGGGUGCAUGUGCAAAAUCUGAUACUUUUAAGUCAAUACUUAUAAAAAGAAAUCCGAUUGUGGAGGAAAAAUAACAGCGUAAAAAAGACAAAAGAAGCAUUGCUUACAUGAUGCUUUUUUUCCAGUAAAGCAUCAAUGUAUUGUUGAUAUUGUUGUAUAGUUUGGAAACUGUCGUAGGCCUGAAAUGAUCCGAUUCAAAUUUCUGCUCACUUUCAGUAUCACAGGGUAGCCUAAGGCCAGUCAUGGUUUUGAUCCUGCUAUUUCACACAGCAAAAUCCAAUUGCAGAGUCCAUUCAAAGUGCCUUAUUCAGCAUAUGUGAAAGUAUUUUAGCCUGGCUCCAAUCCACUGUCUCAUAGCCUCACCCACAAAUGAUUGUUGUGAGGAUAAAAUGAUUACAAAGUUAUUUGAUAAAUUCACUGCUUGGCUUAGGUGCAGUUGCCAAUCAGAGUUUUUAAAAACGUGUAUGACUCAUUAAUACCAUUUUAAAGGGUCCCCAAACAGCCUUAGACAAUACAUAGGUCCCCAAACAGUACUGGUCUCCUGAGCCACAUCUGCAUUGAAGAAGCUUCAACCAAGCUAAUUUCAUUUUUUGUUUUGUUUUUGCUGAGCCAUACAUUACUGAGCCAUACAUCUUUUACAGAGCCAAGAUAAAGUUGUGACAAAUAUUUGAUUCAGCAAUGGAAAUGCAAGGAUGGUUUUGGCCUGCUGACCCAAAAUGGAGUUUGCGAUGUGUAAAUUUGCAGUGUUCCAAUCAAGCAGGUCAAAAUUGCCAACUGUGUACAUAGGAAAUGCUAUAAAAAGAUCAUGAUAUACAAUAAAAGGCACCAAGAUAUUUCCAUUUUCACUUUGGGACUUGGAUGUAGAGAUGUAGGUAUGCACCUACUAAAGAUAUGUGAGGUCUUUCCUGUAGUUUCAUUUUCUCAUAUCUGAGUCCCAUUUUGCAGGGAGAGAGGUUCAUUUCUUCAUGAGUUUUGCUACCACUAUUGAUCAACUCAGUGCAAAACAGGUUUAAAGAUACUGUAUCACCCUUCAGAUAACUGAUUGGUUUUGUUUGAUUUAAUAUUGUGUUGUGCCGAUUCAACCACUAGAGGGAGCAAAACACUUGCAGAACCAGGGGUGGGGGGGUGGGGGGUGGAACCCUGAAGAAACAGGAACUUUGAAGCAAGGAAAAUGAGAAUGUGGAGAAGCCCUAAGUUUUUCUAAAAGCAGCUCAUAGAAGCUGGGGUCAAAGAGGAGUAAACCCAGAUUCCUGCCACUGAAGUCAUUUUGUAUCAUUGCCUUUGGGAAACUGGCAAACCAGGAGAGGCUUCCACAUUCUCUCACACACUUCACCUUGAUGAAUGUGCCUUUGUUUCCCUAUCUCUGCAACCCUGAUAACAUCAGACCUACAGCAACACACCUGAGACCAAAUGCUUCUCAUGGAAUCUCCCCCAGCUGAACCAGAUUAGCUUGUGCACAGCAACACAUGCCAGCUGGGUGACCUUGGGCUAGUCACAGUUCUUCACAGUCCCAACUACCUCAAUGUGGGGUUUGUUGUGAGGAGGGAAGGGAAAGGAGAGUGUAAGCCUCUUUGAAUCUCUACAGGAGGGAAAGGAGGGGGGAAUAUAAAUCCAACUCUUCUUCUGUUUUAAAAGUUUGUUGAGGGCUAACUAUGCAAUAGUGAAAAAACUGUCCAAUCCAUGAUGGAGCAGGUGGCAUGUUUGCUUUAGGACCCUGCAAAAUCGGAACUCACUUUUACAACUGAUCAUGUUUGUAUUAAAAUGUCAUUUUUAAAA